GACCAUGGGGUUUGGAUUGGGAUCCAUCCCCUUCUAGAAUCUACACUCUCCCAUCUCCAGUCCAGUCUCCACCCACCACCACUCCCUCACACCCCGCCGGCGACCGCGCGAUGGCGGCGGCCGCUCCCCCUCCCGCGGCGGCGCUGGAGCAGCUGAGCAAGACCAAGAUGUUCGGCGGCCACAACCUCCGCUUCCGCCACCAGAGCGCCUCGCUCGGCUGCCCCAUGACCUUCUCCCUCUUCCUCCCCGCGUCCCCGGCCUCCAAGCUCCCCGUGCUGUACUGGCUCUCCGGCCUCACCUGCACCGACGAGAACUUCAUCAUCAAGUCCGGCGCCCAGCGCGCCGCCGCGGCACACGGCGUCGCCCUCGUCGCCCCCGACACCUCCCCGCGUGGACUAAAUGUAGAAGGGGAGGCAGAUAGUUGGGAUUUUGGUGUUGGUGCUGGAUUUUAUUUGAAUGCCACAAAUGAGAAGUGGAAAAACUGGCGCAUGUAUGAUUAUGUUGUGAAGGAGCUGCCAAAAGUUUUAACUGACAACUUUGAACAGCUUAACACGUCAUGUGCAUCAAUUUUUGGCCACUCUAUGGGAGGGCACGGUGCACUGACUAUCUACUUGAAGAACACUGACAAAUACAAGUCAGUGUCUGCAUUUGCUCCAAUUGCUAACCCAAUAAACUGCCCUUGGGGUCAGAAAGCAUUCUCAAACUAUCUGGGCACAACUAAAUCAGAAUGGGAGGAAUACGAUGCAACCUUGUUGGUUAAGAAGUGCAACACACUUUCAACUCCUAUCCUGGUUGACCAGGGAGAGGAUGACAAGUUCCUGGCGGAGCAGCUGCUGGUGGGCAACUUCGAGGAGGCGUGCAAGGCGGCGGGCGCUCCCCUGAUCCUGCGCAUGCAGCCGGGAUACGACCAUUCCUUCUUCUUCAUCGCCACCUUCAUCGACGACCACAUCGCGCACCACGCCCAGUUCCUCAAGAGCAGCUGACUGGCCAGCCACCUGUAGCGAGUGAUGCGAUCGGUAGAAGUGCCAAGUCAGCGGCGUCGCCUGCCUCCAUAUACUACCAUCUGUGUUGUUAUCACUUCUGUGUAUGCGUCGUGUGUCGGUUGGAUUGAGACGAGACGAAGUGUGUGGAAAUAAUGUGGACGGCUUGCGGUCGUCUCUGAAGUGCGCGUGCGUGCGUGCAUGCAUGCCUUGGCUGGAAAUUCAGUCGGUAGAAUUUGCUGGCCCUGCUGUAGUAGCGUGGCGAGCGCGUCGCAUUUGAGGUUUAAAGCGUCUGUGGCAGCCUAGGCCACGGGCGAGUAAAGCACACAUGCCGAGCGUAGCAGGUGUCACGUGAUGGGUUGCCCUCGUCUGGAUAUGCAAUUUUUUCUUUGUGCA